CAGACAUCUGUUGUGUGGCGAAAGGAGACCCCUGUGUGCGGUAGCGCUGGUGCAGGGAAUGACCCGCAAGGUUCGCGGAAGGCCGCUUAGGGAAGGGGACAAUAAACAUUAAGUGUGUUUGCUGUUGACAUAUUUAUUCUAGUGUAUAUAAUCUAUUUAUUUCUUAGAUUAGUGAAGCAGUCUCUAACGUAAGGUAGGGAAGCAUGACAUCUGUCACUUUACUGCUGGCCUUGACGGUCGCUCUGGUGUGUGCAGACCCCACUGUGUAUUUUCGGGAGCAGUUUGAAGAUGGAGACGCAUGGAAAAGCCGAUGGGUUGAAUCCAAACACAAGUCCGACUACGGCAAGUUCAUCCUGAGCGCUGGCAAGUUUUACGGGGACACGGAGAAAGAUAAAGGUCUUCAGACCAGCCAGGAUGCUCGAUUCUACUCUCUAUCAUCCCGCUUUGAGGAAUUCAGCAACAAAGGCCAGCCUCUGGUCUUGCAGUUUACAGUGAAGCAUGAGCAGAGCAUCGACUGCGGGGGGGGCUAUAUUAAGCUCUUCCCGUCAGAUCUCAACCAGGAGGACAUGCAUGGGGACUCCAACUACAACAUCAUGUUUGGCCCUGACAUUUGUGGCCCGGGAACCAAAAAGGUUCAUGUAAUAUUUAACUACAAGGGGAAGAAUCACUUGAUCAACAAAGACAUAAGAUGUAAGGAUGAUGAGUACACUCACUUGUAUACACUAAUCGUUAACCCUGACAACACCUAUGAGGUGAAAAUUGACAAUAAGAAAGUGGAGUCGGGCAACCUGGAGAACGACUGGGACUUCCUGCCCUCCAAGAAGAUCAAGGACCCGGAGGCCAAGAAGCCAGAGGACUGGGAUGAGCGGGAGAAAGUGGAUGAUCCAGAUGAUAAGAGGCCAGAGGACUGGGAGAAGCCAGAAAACAUCCCUGACCCCGAUGCCAAGAAGCCCGAGGACUGGGAUGAUGAGAUGGAUGGGGAGUGGGAACCUCCGAUGGUCACGAAUCCCGAGUACAAGGGUGAAUGGAAACCUCGUCAGAUUGACAACCCCGCCUACAAAGGAAAGUGGGUGCACCCCGAAAUCGACAAUCCAGAAUAUACACCAGAUCCCGAGAUCUACAAGUACGGCAGCUUUGGGGUCGUCGGCCUGGACCUCUGGCAGGUGAAGUCUGGCACCAUUUUUGAUAAUUUCCUGAUUACCAAUGAUCCAAAACUUGCUGAGGAAGUAGGGGACAAGACCUGGGGCUUAACUAAGGAUCCCGAGAAGAAGAUGAAGGAGAACCAGGAGGAGGAGCAAAGGAAGAAACGUGAGGAAGAAGAGAAGAAGCUGAAAGAGGAAAAAAAGGGCAAAGAGGAUGAGGAACAGGAAGAGGAGGAAGAUGAGGAAGAGGAGGAGGAGGAAGAAGAAGAGGAGGAAGAAGAAGAGGAGGAAGAAACAGAUUCUAGUCCCAAGGACGAGCUAUAAACACACAGAAGAACCAUAGGGACCCCUUCUCUCUCCACCACACCCUGGGGUGAUUAAAGAUCCACUUUUCUGGGCUUUCCAUUAGUGUGGGUUUGCUGGGGUUGGAGUCCUUGCUCAUACUGUACUGUAGCCAUUUCAAGAAAACUAACGCGAGAGGAUUUCGGUUUACAUCGCCCUGUUUUAGUGGGGCAAAUGCGUCCAUUCCACCCAGAAGACACUUUGUGUUGAAAUGUAUACCUGCCACCCCACCAACCCCACCUCAGUGUUUCUCUGGUUGAUUGUGGGUGAGGAAAGUUUUCUGUGAUGUUUCAUGUAAACAUCCCCCCCCCCCAGCCAGUUUUAUCUUUAAGGCUGACUAGUCAUCCUGUCCAUCACAUGUUCUGUUGUGGGUCUUUUAUCCCUCCCUGAAACUCCUGACAUUCCAGUCAACUUAAUAAAUUAUAUUUUGAAAUGGUACACUGUCAGUAAGGCUAACUCGUUAAUUUAGGUUUUUUCUUUCUAACGUGAGCUGAGCCAAAACGUUACCGGGAAGCAGUUCCAGCGCCUCCCAUUAUGAUCGUCUCAUUUAUACAAACCACUCAGUUAGAGAUGGGCCGCAGACCUCUCUGUGGCAUACCAGACCCUCACCCCUGCCACAAAUUGGUGUUAAUGUUCAGAUACGACGGCAGAACCCUCAUACAAAGUGAGCGCUGGACUUUUCCGUAACGCCUCUUUCAUUGAUUUUUUUUCCCCCAUUGUCAGUUUGCACUGCUGUACGUUUAAUCUUGCCCCAACAAGACGUUAGUCCUUUUUAAAAAUAUAUAUUUUAUACUAUAUUGGCAGGGAGGAAUGUGCUCACUAUGUCGUACAUGAUAUGGUACUUUUGUUGCAGUACAAAAUAAAUGUAAAACCAUACCAUCUAU